CCUUCUCUGUCAAUGCUUCUUAUUUGUGACAUGUAUCAAUCAUGCAGUGGGAGAGAGGUCUCCCAUCAAUUAUUCUCCCCCCUUCUAAGCCUUCUCCUUCUAAAGGCGUCUGCUUUCUGCAAGUUUCCUGCCCCAUCCCAUGUUCAGCUUAGACACUAGUCAAGCAACAGGCCUCUGCUCUCCCCUUCCUCUGUCCUCCCUCCAUAAACUUGUCCUGUUCCUGGGGGCAUCUCUUGCUUUUACUCCCCAAAUCUUGAUCUUUGCCACUAAUUGCGACCAUAACCAAGAAUUCCCAUUCCCACCUUGCUCUUUGGUGGGGGAGUUAAUGCUCUAGCUGCCUAUUCAAACAAACAGAAACCCAGCCCUCAAAUUUUAGCAAGAUUCCCCAAUUUGUGCGCUUUCAAGAUAAUUAAUCAAACUCCCACCAUUUCUUUUGCUAUUUGGAACUUGUGGGGACUGUAAUCUCGUAGAUAGAAGCUUCCCUUCAUCAGUUUCAAUCAUUGCCCCCAAUUUCUCUUCCCGGAACCCCACUGAGCCCAUUGUGUGAGAGGAAAUUGCUCUGCCUCCUCUGUGCAAGAUCUCUAGGGUUGCUAUGUGAAAUCUUGAAUCAACCCACCAAGCUCUGCUCUCUGAUCUGGCUGUCGGCUCUCAGAUUACUAGAAAGUCUCACCUGGGUGUUUGAAAAAGGAGCUUCCUUUGAGUGCGGACUGCAAUAUCUCUGGGUUCUUGUAUCAAAUCUGGAAUUUUUUAAUCUGGGUGUUUGUGGGUUGUUUUGGGAAGAAGCCCUCUCGUCUUUUGCUGUUAUGUUUCUUGUCUGAGAUCUUGAGUUCCUGAAUCUCUCCGUGUGUGCGAAAUGGCGAAUCUUGUUCCCGGGGUUCUCUUGAAGCUCCUGCAGCACAUGAACACAGAUGUGAAAGUUGCCGGUGAGCACAGAUCAUCUCUGCUUCAGGUUGUGAGCAUAGUCCCUGCCCUUGCUGGUGGUGAGUUGUUCCCAAAUCAAGGUUUUUAUUUAAGGGUCUCGGAUUCGUCUCAUGCCACUUAUGUCUCUCUUCCUGAUGAGCAUGAUGAUUUGAUCCUCAGCGAUAAGAUCCAGUUAGGCCAGUUCAUUCAUGUUGAACGGCUCGAGGCAGGUUCACCUGUUCCGGUUCUUCAGGGUGUCAGACCAGUUCCGGGUCGGCACCCUUGUGUCGGCACCCCCGAAGAUAUCGUGGCGACUGAUUCACUCGGGUUCCUCAAUAAUAACACCUCUUCGGGAUCGAAGAACAUAGAGAAAGUUAAGUCCCUGGCAAGUUUGAAACCACUGGGCAGUAAUCUUAACGAGAAGGAGAAAAUAUCACCCUUUAAGCUGAAUGUUAUUUCAAAGAUGGAGAAGGAUAAGAAGGGAGGUUCCUUGGGUCAACCAAAGUCUGAGGUAGCGAAAUCGAAACCUUCACUUGUUGUUGAGGUCAAGAAGGAACCUUUAACGAGAGUGAAGUCUCUGAACUCACGUUCUAUACCUUCAUCGCCCACAAGCUGUUACUCUUUGCCGAAUUCUUUCGAGAAGUUUGCUAAUGGUGUUAAGCAGCAAGCUGAGAUAAAGGGGCUGAAGAAGGUUAGUACUCUACGUGGGCAAAGUCAGAAUGGGAAGAGGCUCCCAUUAGAUAGCCCUUUUAGGAGUCUCGUCCAAGGGACAGAGUUCGGAGCAAGGGUAUUAAGGAAGAGCUGGGAAGGGAAUAUAGAGGUUAAGAGUCGGGAAAGUUUGAAAUCGAGGUCCAGCAAGCCAGAUUCAAGGAGCGAAACUCGCAGUACUUCUACUCCAAGGAAGAGUGUCUCUAGCGAAAGAUUGGUGCCUAAGGAAGAGAACAGGGUAACCUCAUUGAAGUCAUCUAAGGAAGAGAACAAGGCCCAGGUGUCCGUGAAGAAGGCCCCAGCUAAUGGAAAUAUGGAUGAUCGGCAGAAGACAAUUAGGCCUCGGGAUGUCAAGAAACUGUCUUUAGAUUCCAAUCAUGGACUGCCUGGCUGUUUUUUGAAGGUUCCGCUGAGUAGUGGGAAAUUGACAGAGGGAAGCGUUGCAUGGAGUUCGCUUCCUUCUUCGCUUGCAAAGCUUGGAAAGGAAGUUAUGAAGCACAAAGAUAUUGCCAGAGCUGCAGCAAUUGAGGCUAUGCAGGAGGCAUCUGCUGCUGAGAGCCUGCUUAGAUGUUUAAGCAUGUACUCGGAGCUCACAGUGAGCGCUAAAGAGGACAACCCGCAGCAGACUGUGGAACAAUUCUUGACCCUCUAUUCGAGUCUCAGCAACAUCCACUCAAUCGCGGAUUCUCUAGCAAAGACCAUUGCAUCAAACAACCCAUCACAAUCUCCUGAAGAAAACCCGCUUUCAGAAGAAGCCUUGAAGGCUUUAUCAGUGAGACGAAAGCGGGCAGCUUCGUGGGUCCAAGCUGCUCUAGCCACCAACUUAUCACCCUUUAACGUAUUCACCAGAGAACCACUUUCAAAUCAGAAACUUGCCCCAGGAAAUCAACCUGUACUAGUCCUUGAAAGUGCUUCCUCGAAGACCGACCCAGCGAAGACCCAAUCCAAGGCCCGACCCUCAGCUGUGGGGCCAAAGGUUGUGACCGGGUCCCGCAGGACUGGGGGAGAUGUAACUGGGAAUGGCCAGAAGGCUGGACAGACCCAGCCUCCACUGCCUGAAUGGGUCAAGGGAAGUAGUGCCGAAGACUCCAUGGACCUGGCCGGGAAGCUGAGGCUCGAGUCACGAGAUUGGUUCCUGGGGUUUGUCGAGCGGUUCCUUGACGCCGAAUCCGACAUGUCAGUGCUCUCAGACAAUGGCCAGAUUGCAGGGAUGCUGAGCCAGCUCAAGAGCCUCAAUGACUGGCUAGACGAGAUUGGGUCAAGCAAGGGGGGCGAGGAUGAGGAAGAGGAAGAGGAAGAGGAAGAGGAAGAUUCAGCUUCUCCCCGGGUCUCCCCUGAAACAGUCGACCGGCUCAGGAAGAAGAUCUAUGAGUACCUCCUCACAAACGUUGAAUCUGCUGCAGCUGUACUAGGGAACGGAUCCCAGCAGUCGCCACGGACACAGGCGGCAGAAGUCAAAGCAAGGAGGUGACAAGACGACGAAAGAAUCUCAUCUCCCGAAUGGUACUUAAUUUUCAAAUUUUCUUUGGUGUAUAUACAUAGGUGAUGUGCCACCCGGGUUCGUCGGAGAUGUUAGGGAUUGGAGUAGAGAGGUAUUGUUGAUUAUCGUAAUUAUCGUCAUUAUUAGCAAACGAAAAGGAUUUGACGUGAUGCAAAGUUUUAGCAUUUAGGACAUCCUCGGUUCUCUUAGAAUUGCAUACAAGAAUGGAAAUUGUACACUAAACAGUUUGGUCAUUAUCUCUUGUUGAUCGAAGCUGUGAUCACCAAGUUAAUGUUAUUGUUUGCAAAUUUCAGUUGUGUUGAUUUUCUUGA